AUGAAAAUACGACCUGUGUCUUCUAAUCAAAACCUUGCUGAUCCGAAACACAACAUACUUGGAAAUGACUCUUGGUUCAGCCUGACGAAUCUUGUCAUUGGCGGCGUUGCUGGAAUAGGUGCCGUUCUUGCGGCACCCGUUGUGCUUGGGGCUGCUGGAUUUGGAGCCACUGGUGUUGCGGCCGGAUCGUUGGCGGCUGCCGUUCAGGGAUCAGCAGUUGUUUCCGGGAGUGCAUUUGCGCUUGCGCAGAGUGCAGGUGCGGCUGGUCUUGGAGUCGGGGCUAAGGCCGCAUUGUUUAUGGGAGGGGCGGCGGCCGGGUCGGUGGCCAGCAAGAAGAACGAUUUAUAAAAACAUUU